AUAAAAGCGCAGCAAUCAAACACACGUGUUUCUGCAAAAUCGCUGAAUAUGUUAAUUUAAUAAAAAUGCCUCCUCUAAAAGCUGGGUUAAGUUUGAAAAGAAAAAUAGAAACAGAAAAUAAGGUUGAAUCUAAAUAUGAACAAGAAUCAUCUAAUACUAAAGGGCUAGAAGAGCUUACUUUGAGUGAAUUGAAUAUAGAAGGUGAUUCUACGGAUUCCGAGCAUGAAGGAAAUGAAGAAGGCUCUGAUCAGGAUCAAGAUGAAGUUUUGUUUAAGGACAGUGAUGUGUCUUCCCUUGAAGAUGAAGAUGUUGAAUAUGCUUCAGAUGAAUCAUCUGAGUUAACAGAUUCAGAGGCUGAAGGUGAAUCUGUGAACAGCAAUGAUAAUAACAAUGCAGACAGUGAAGAUAGUGACAAAGAAAGUGAUGCAGAAUCUGGCAUUGGACACACUCAUGGCUCCAGUGGCAGUGAAUCUGAUAAACAGACUUUGAAAAAUAAACAAAAGAAAAAAAUAGCAAAGCAAAAAAUUAAAACGAAGAAACCAGAUAAAGACUUAAAAGAAAAGUCACAAAAUAAAAAAGGAACCACUUCUAAAGGCAGUGUGGAUAGACUAGCUGACGUCAUUGAGGGAUCUUCACAAAUGCAACCUGUCGAACAGAAAGAUGAAUAUGAAUCGGGUGACACGUCCGAUGAGGAGGAGCGUCGUAACACGGUGGGGGAUAUACCGAUGUGGUGGUACAAUGAAUACCCCCAUAUUGGUUACGAUCUGGAUGGACGGAAGAUUGUCAAACCACCACAGAGAGAUCAAAUUGAUGAGUUCCUCAAAAAAUGUGAAGAUCCAGAUUUUUGGAGAACAGUACGUGAUCCCUCAACAGGACAGGACGUGGUGCUCAGCAAGGAAGACUUGCAGCUCAUACAGAGGAUCCGGGAGGGCCAAGUACCCAACCCUGACCAUGACGAGUACCAGCCGUGGGUGGAGUGGUUCAGCCGGGAGGUGCUGGCGACGCCGCUGCGGGCCUUCCCCGAGCACAAGCGCUCGUUCCUGCCGUCCCGCUCCGAGCAGCUGCAGAUCGCCAAGAUCGUGCACGCCCUCAAGAUGGGCUGGACCAAGACCAGGAAGCAGCUGGCCGCCGAGAGAAGGGACAGACGGGAGAAAAAGUUCUAUAACCUGUGGGGCUCCACCGGAGAGGGGGAGGGCCGCGCCCCGCACCGCCCCGUCCCCCCCCCCCCCNGGUAUCGUCCCCGCCUACUUGUACGAUAUCCACCGUCGAGGGCCGCGCUGAGACUGAGCGAAUGAAUUAUCCUGCAGAUGAAAGAAUGGAACAAGCUGAAGGAGACCCCGUGGAAGCGCAAGUACACGUUCCUGCCGACACGCCACGCCUCGCUGCGGGAGGUGCCCGCUUACCAGCGCUUCGUCCGUGAGCGCUUCCUGCGCUGCCUCGACCUGUACCUGGCGCCCCGGGCCAUCAAGAUGAGGUUGACGAUCUCUGCGUCGGAGCUGGUGCCCCGGCUGCCGUCCCCGCGCGAGCUGCAGCCCUUCCCGACGGGCGAGGCGCUGUGCCUGCGCGGCCACGCGGCGCCCGUGCGCUCCGUCGACUUCGAGCCCUCCGGACAGUACAUCGUCAGCGGCGGCGACGACGGCGCCGUCAAGAUAUGGGAGACUAGUACGGGUCGCUGUCUCCGCACAAUAGAGCUAGGCGAGCCCGUGAGCCGCGUGCUGUGGAGCCCCGCGCCCGCGCUGUGGCUGGUGGCGGCCGCCGCCGGGAGCCGCCUGCUGCUGCUCAACCCGGGCACGCGCAUCGGCCACCACCGCCGCGCCGCGCGCACCGACCUGCUGCUCGACGAGCCGCCCCCGCAGCACGACGUGCAGCCGGACGAGCGCACAGCGUCUGCAGUGAAGUGGGAGCGGGUCACUCCGGAGGACUGGGCCAAAGGGAUACGCAUUGCGAUCACGCACUUUAAGCCCAUCGUGCACGUGUCGUGGCACGGGCGCGGCGACUACGUGGCGGCGAGCGUGCGCGCGGAGGGCGGGCGCGCGGUGUGCGUGCACCAGGUGUCGCGGCGCCGCUCGCAGCUGCCGCUGGCGCGCCUGGCGGGGCAGGUGCAGGCGGCGCACUUCCACCCCGCGCGCCCGCUGCUCGCCGUGGCCACGCAGCGCGCCGUGCGCCUCUACGACCUGCUCGAGCAGGAGCUGGUGCGCAAGCUGCGGCCGGGCGCGCAGUGGAUUAGCGACUUCGCCUUCCAUCCCGCCGGAGACAACAUGCUCGUGGCUUCUUACGACCGGAAGUGCAUGUGGUUCGACCUGGAGCUGUCCCCGCGGCCCUACCAGACGCUGCGGCUGCACGGCGGGGCGGUGCGCGCGCUGGCCUUCCACCGGCGCUACCCGCUGUUCGCGACGGGCGGCGACGACGCGCACGUGGUGGUUUCGCACGGGAUGGUCUACAACGACCUCCUGCAGAACCCGCUGAUAGUCCCGCUCAAACAAAUCCGCGGCCCGGAAGUCAAAGACGAGCUGUGCGUGCUGGACCUGCGCUUCCACCCCACGCAGCCCUGGCUGCUCGCCGCCGGUGCAGAUUCUACUAUCAGACUCUACUCUUGAAACCCAAUAAGAAAAACUUUAGCACACAAUAUAAAUAGCACUAUUAUUUUGAUGGAAUGUCCCUUUUCUUACACUGCGGCGGUGGGCGCGCGCACGUCCUGUGACCACCACUGAGUGCAACAAAUUGCCAAAUAGACAUACAUAUUAUCAAUCAUCCUACCUAUUGUUACUGUAAAACCCUAAUACAUUGGUUUACAUUUAUCUCAUAUCUCAAAGUGAACUGCAACUUUUACAUCAUGUUUGUGGGCCUUUUUGGACUGGGGGCAGAAUAUUUUAAGGAAAACCUGCAUUGUGGGGGCACCUUCGAACCUUGCCCGAGGCAAAGACCAUCGGUACCUAGUUGUUGGCUUUCUUAAAAGUCAAUUAUUACCUUUAUAUAUAGUUCUGGUGAUAUAAUUAAGAAUGAUUUAAAAUAACAGUUUUUUUUUUAUCUAAAUCAUAUUGAUAUGUGUAUUUAUGCAAGUGUUCCUUCUCAUAUGUAACCAGUUAUGUUAUGAAACAGUCAUAUAUAACAUACAUAUGUAUAUAUUCCCACAUAGGUAUAGCAAUAAAUUUAAUCAGUUUGUAAUGAAUUUAACCAGUUUGUAAUGAAGCUGAAUAAAUAUAUAAGAAAAAAUUGAAAUUGCA